AUGACUGUAUUCGCAAACCAUGGCGGAGAUCGUUGCGAGCGCUCGUGGAUCGAGAAAAUCGCAGCUGAGGCCUCCGAUGCUGGUAGUAACAUUAUCACACCUGGAAUGUGGAAGAAGUACGAAAACGAAAUGGCGCGCAGCAGCGAUGUAACGGGAAUCGUCUUUGGCAUCGUUUGUGGCUCGAUUAUUCUGAUUUUGACCUUGAUUGUUCUUGGUCCCUGGAUCAAGGGAUGUCUUUGUCCCACCUUCAGUCUCAGGAAGUGCUACAGAAAGGCGAGGGAGGUCAAGAUUGACAAGGUGUUCCCGGAAGAGCUAUUCUUGGACCAGAGUCGAAUCACAACGCAGCGAAAAAUAGCGGAAGGCGCGUUUGGUACAAUUUGGAAAGGAAGUUUCAGAAGAUCCAAUGGACUCAAUUACGAGAUCGCGAUUAAGACGAUAAAAGUGGACGAAGACACGAGCCGCGAAAAGGAUAAGGAGCUGAUUGAUCUACUCAAGCGUGAAGGCGUCAAGAUGAGAGGUUUGGAUCACAAACAUGUCCUGUCUCUCAAGGGCAUUGUGGAAAUUGACAACAACUUUUGCCUCGUUUUCAAGUGGAUGGAACAUGGGUCGCUGAAUUUGUACGUGAAAAAGAAUCGCAACUCGCUGACCCCAGGAUUGAUGAUCAAUUUCUGUCGGGAUAUUGCCGAUGGAAUGGAGUAUUUGGCCGGCAAUAAUCUCAUCCAUCGUGAUUUAGCCGCCCGUAAUUGUCUCCUCGACGAUAAAAUGCGCGUCAAAGUCGCUGAUUUCGGACUUUCUCGAUCGCACGCUCAAGGAGGCCAUUUUUCAAAGCGAAACUCGAUACUUCGUAAUUUACCGAUUCCAGUGAAGUGGAUGUCGCCAGAAUCCCUUAAAUUUCACUUCUACGAUGAAAGAUCCGAUGUUUGGAGCUUUGGAAUCGUCAUCUGGGAGAUCUUCUCCUAUGGAGCGGUUCCGUUUCCAAAAGCGCCUACAGAACCGACAAUUUUCCUGCAGUACCUUGAAAAGGGAAAUCGCCCCAAAAAGCCUCAAGACAUGCCCGACAAAGUUCAUGCGAUAAUGAAAAAGUGCCUUGACGAGGAUAAAUGGAAGCGAAAAAAUUUCAACGGGAUCAAGGCGGAGUUCGAAGCGCUGCUGAUGGAAAUGACUCCAGCCUCCCAGGAUUCAUCGUGCACGGAUGGGGCGACGCCGGUUCCUCCCCUUAGGAAUGUCAGCAUGUCCAGCAGCUCCGCAUCUUGGAGACCUCCGAAUCGUCGAAUUGACUCGGUGGUGACAAUUGGCGAUGAUUUCGUCGAGCCGCCACCUCCUUACAGCUCCCUACAUUCCGGCUAUGUUUGA